AUGUACCCGGUUCCAAAGAAAAUUAAAGAAAUUGAGAUAGUGGUUCCAGAUACAACAAACAAAGAUCGGGAUUCUCAAAAUGAAAAGUUUUAUAAAUAUGUGGUUUAUAAUCAUACAUCUUGUACAUGUGGGAACUUAAAGUACAGGGAUAGUAAACUGUAUAAAACCAUAACUAAUAAUGAAGGUUAGUCCAUGCAAUGAACAUGUUUUGUGAUUAACGUUUUGUCGUUUUUUAGAAAAUUUCUUUUAUAGUUUUAUUGUUUUGGGAACGGUCAACUUAUCAUAAAUAUAAGGAGCGAAAACUGCUACAUUGAAUAUUAAAUUGGUAAAAUCACGUCAUUGUCAUAUAAUAAAGGUGACUAUUACACUUUAAUUUUAAUCUGUAUGAAUAUUUCUUGCAGUGUCAGAAGCUUAUUUCAAAGCGAAAUUUUCGAAAAAUCCAGUCAAUCUGAUGCGUGUGUGUAACGUUUGCAACAGUACUCAACCAAGAUAUCAACUCCAUCCAGAUCAUUUCAACGCUAACCCACAAUCUAAAUAUCUGGCGUACCGACAGCGCUUGCCUGGCUGCGUAGUGGUACAAAAUAAUACGUCUUAUGAAGAAACUUCCAAAACUUUUAAUAAAGUAGAUAAUGUCCUGCUUACGAAUGAUAUUUUAUGCGAGGCUUAUGACGGAGCUAAAACACAACAACAAGGUAAAAACGAUCCUCAGAAGCUCAAAAGUGAUCAGAGGGAUCAAGGUAAGAAAUCAAGGGUCUGGGUUCUACUAGACAUGAAUGAUCCAUCUGGAUGAUUUUCGGAAAAGAAAAGAUAGUUCGUGUAUUAAUUUAACUUCCGUCAAACAAUGCUCCGAUCACCUGUCAAGACAAUUUUGGCAGUUAUCAACCCAGACCAUUUUGCCUGUAUAAUCCAACUUAACGAACGAUUAUCUUGUUUUCUGUGUUUAUAUACACAGAUAUAUUAUCUGACGAACUACAUUUUCUUUGCCCAGGGUCGUUCAGACGGAUCAUCUUUUAUAAGCUGAACUUCCUGGACAAUUUAUAAAUCUAAUUAUUAGAAAUUCGUUUUUCGGUUGUGUGAUUGUGGUCGACUAAGCUUAAGAGAAGCGGGUCAGAUUGGGCAGAUGGCGUAUUAGAGAGGGGGCAUAAUAGAGUGGAUUUAUUAAAAAGAAGCUUAUUAGAGAUGGAACUUAAUACGAGGGGGGCCUAUCAGAGAAGAGGCUCAUUGGGGAGGGAGCUUAUUAAAUAUGGUGCUUAUGGAGGGUAUGAGGAUUUACGCAAUAGAGAAUUGAUGAUUAACAGGAAUUAUUAUGUUUCUGUUUAGAGGCAAAUUAUGAGAUUCUAGUUUACAUUGCUUCAGGCAAAAUUAUCCUCGCCGCCUUUCUAUUGUCCUUGGUAUUAUUUACUAUAUUAAUUAUGGACUUUACACUUUGCCAUCGAAAGAAAGGAUUUCUUUACGCUUUGGUCGCCUGUAAAACUGAUGACGCGGAUCAUUUUUGCCAAGGUUGCAGCGAAAGAACUGAGAAAUGA